AUGGCCCUGGACGCGCUACCCAGGGUGGCCCCGGGGCCUCCGGGGCUGAGGCUCAGCUGGGAUAUCAACGACCCACAGAUGCCUCAGGAGCCCAUCCUCUUCGACCGCUUCUGCGAGUGGCCGGAUGGCCACGCGCGCCUGGUGUACCCCGCGGACGAGCAGCGCGCGCAGCGCCACCUCAGCGGCUGGGCCAUGCGCAACACCAACAACCACAAGGGCCGCGUGCUCAAGAAGUCCUGCCUGGGCGUUGUGCUGUGCGCGCGGGGCUGCGUGCGCCCGGAUGGCUCCCGCCUGCACCUGCGCCCCGCCAUCUGCGACCGCGCGCGGCGCAAGCAGCGGGAGAAGCUCUGCCCGGGCUGCCAGUCCGCUCUGGAGUUUGUGCCUUGCCGGGGGCACAGCGGAUACCCCGUGACCAACUUCUGGAGACUCGACGGCGACAGGAUAUUUUUUCAGGCCAAGGGCGUCCACGACCACCCUCGGCCAGAGAGCAAGGCGGAGACGGAAGCCCGGAGGAGCGCGGUCAGGAGGCAGGCGCCCUGCCUGUUCCGGUCCCAGAGGAGGAGGGCACGGGGCGCAGAGGUAGGAGGGAGUCCUGCCUCCCUUGGCCCCGCGGCCCUGGCCGCCGAGAAUGUCCCAGACGCAGGCUUCCCACUGCCCGGGCAGCCUUGCUUCCCCACAGACACGGAGGCCGACACCGCUCCUUGUGGCCUCACCGCUCUGCCCGGCCACCUGUCGCCGCCCUUCCAGAGACACCCAGACCCGACUGUCUAUCUGCCAUGGACCCCAUGCAGCUACGAGCCGGCAGACCCCCAUCCCUUACGCAUGGGCCCAGCCCCUGCCCCCUGCAGGGGUCCCCUCAGCGCCACUCCCUGGGAGACAGGCGGGUCCGGCGGGUGGGAGUGCCAUGAGGAAGCCACCCACAGACAUCCCGGCUGGAGGCCGGCUCCCAGGGACGGGACUGCGGCCGCCCACCCUGACCGGCACCCAGAACCCUGCAGGUGUUUCCCGGGGCCUCCCGCAGGGGCCCCCGGGCUGCAGACGGUGGCCACUGCCCAUGUGUCCUGCCAGGCCUUCCAGCCCUGGGAGCCCGCACCGGCAGGGGCCAGCCUGUGGGGCUGGGCCUGUGCUCCAGGGACCAUCCCGCGGGCCCUCCACCCAGAGGCCUCAGACCUGCUGGCCACUCUGGGCAGGGGGCUCUCUCCUCAGGAAGCCCCAGGGGGGCCUGGGGCCAGCAGAGGGGCCUGGACUUUGCCCCAGGAGCCAGCUACCCCCAGGAUGGCCAGAGCGGAGACCUGGGGCUCUGCUCUCUGCCUCGGGGAGCCCAUCCACCUGCUCGCAGGCUACGACUGCCAGGAAGUCUGA